UGAAGGAAUCCUUGAUUCCAAAUACGUCAUUUUUGUCUUCUAUGGUCACCAUUCCUGUAUAUAGUGGAAUGGACCUAAAUAUUUAGUACCAUUUCACACAAGGCAAAGGUCUGAAAUGCAAAAGUCAACAUUGCCCUAUCUCAUGCAUUUCUGAACAUCAAACAAAACAACAAGGUCUCAGUAUGUAGCUCUGCCUGGCCUGGAACACACUGUGGCAGGUUGGUUUCUAAAAACACAAACCUCUGCCUGCCUCUGCCUGCGGUUCUGAAAUUUAGAAGAGUUCCAGCGAGCUUGACGUUGUAGCUCACCACCUACUAUUUCUAACUCACACCCAGCUUACCUCAGGUAGAAAAUAUUGGGGCGUCUAUAAGUACAAUAUUCUCUACAUCUGUCCCAUGAAGUCCAUGGAAACUGAGUCUCCAUCUGGGCACUUGUGUCCACAGCUGACAUUUGAUGCUAUUUGAACUACAUUGCCCAGAAAUCAUUGCAAGAAGCUCAACCAAUGAAAAUCGGUAGUUCAGUGACGACAAUGACCGUUGGGCGGGACUUUGGGCUUUACGUGAAAGAGAGUCUUUGUAACUUCCUGGACCCGUCAGUAUGGUUCACAGAAAACUGGUUUCAUCUGAGUUGGCCAUGACAGGAAAACCGGAGCGUUAGAAGAUUUGUCCUUUGUCACAGAGGCGGGUCUGAGGUUUGUAACGACACGUGUGACCUGAUCCAGGAUUGGAGUAGGGCUAAGCCAUGUCCCAGGGCCCCACCAUCCUGUGGAGCCCGAUGGUGAUCGUGGAGGCUGCGGGUGGAGCCCUGCCUCAGGUUUCCCAUUACUCAGUGAAACCUGCCAACCAGGAAGAGGGUUGUGUGUCCUUUGAGGAUGUGGCUGUGUACUUCUCCUGGGAGGAAUGGAAACUGCUAAGUGACUCCCAAAGGCUCCUGUACCAGACUGUGAUGACCGAGAUCUUCGCACUUGUGUCCUCGCUGAGACUUGAACUUUCUGGGAUCAAUGAUACAACUCAGAUGGAGUCUUGCGGAGAUCUCUCUGUGCCUGCGCUGAGAUUCAUGACUCCAUGUUUAUGGACAGGUUGUUGGAUCAAAGUGGAGAGUGAAACGUCCCCCUUUGAGCAGAGUCUUUCCACAGAAGGAGAUCUUAGUUCAGCCAUGCUCCAACAGCAAAUGCUGACUUCUACUGAGACACCCUUGCUAAGUGCAGACAAUGCUAUGAUCAUCCAGACUUCUCCAGGCCUUCUUGGGCAUCAGGUGACUUCCAGUGGUGGGGAGGCACCCAAGAGCACUGAGAGUGGUGAGGCCAUUCACACUGAGAAGAAAAACUGCAAAUGCACGUACUGUGGCAAAGUCUUUACUAGUAUAUCCCACCUUAAUCGGCACUGGAAGAUACACACGGGAGAAAAGCCUUUUCAGUGCAGCGAAUGUGGGAAAUCCUUCAGCCAAAAAGCCUUUCUCAUUAAGCAUUUCAGAAUGCACACUGGAGAAAAACCUUAUAGGUGCGGAGAAUGUGGCAAAGCCUUCAAGCAUAAUAUCUCCCUUAUUUCCCAUCAGGGACUUCACACAGGAGAAAUGCCAUUUAAGUGCAGUGAAUGUGGGAAAUCCUACAGGAGCAGGGAAGGCCUUAAAGUUCAUUAUCGAUUUCACACUGGAGAAAUGCCUUUUGAGUGCAGCGAAUGUGGGAAAUCAUACAGAAGCAGGGAAGGCCUUUUGAAUCAUUUCUACAGUCACACUGCAGAGAAGCCUUUCAGUUGCAGUGAAUGUGGGGAGUAUUUCACCCAAAACUCUGACCUCAUUGAACACCUAACAGUCCAUGGCAAGCCUUUUAAGUGCAAUGAGUGUGGAAGAGUCUUUAAUUCAAGUUAUAACUUUGUCAGACACAUGAAAGUUCACAUUGUAGCAAAGCAGUAUGCGUGCAGGGAGUGUGACAAAGUGUAUUGCAGUAGCUCCAGCCUGUAUAAACACCGAAAGAUUCACACUCGAUAAAUGUCUAAGGAAGGCAGUGAAGGUAAGAAGUCCUUGAUCAUCUAAAUGAACACCUGACAUCUCAGUGGAACAAAAGAAGUAUUGAGUGCUUCAGAGCAGAUGUCAGCAUCAUUCACAUACACACCUCCCACCCAUAAAAGUGGAGAGGUCGCUGGACUAGGAUGUGUCAUGAAGCCAUGGAUACGGGGAUCCAGGUUUGAAGCCUCUGAACAAAGGUGUUUUCUGAAAACAUCACAUCCCACAUAAGUUUCUGAGUGCAGAGAUGGUAGGGAACAGCUUCAGCCACUGGCCGACCUUCAGCUUUAGGACUGAACCUGACCUCUAAAGAGAAGUUCUGAGAGUGGCCUUUGUAUAAGAUACAUCCAUGGAAACUUCCUCCUCUGCUAGAUCUCUUCCCAAGAAGUCGACACCAGGGCACUGAGAGGGAAGGAACACUGUGCUUGACUGACCAAGUGUGGAGUGGAGUUUCCAUGGGACUGAAUCUGGUUGGGGGAGGAACAGAGUGGCCUUGGAUUUUAAUGAGACAUGACUUCUCCUUUUACUGAGUGUUGCAGUGCCCUGAAUAAAUGUUUGGUUUUACCCCUC